AUGGACUUCCCGCAGCUGCUCUCCAGCCUCGCGCACGAGCACCGCAGCCUCGAGCAGCACAGGGACAGGCUCUCCGAGGAGGUCUCCUGGCUGCGGAAGGAGCUCAGCGGCCUGUGGGAGCGCGGCCGCGCCCAGGGCGGCGUCCCGGGCCAGCUGCCGCCCGCCAGCCCGCACGGGGCCGACGGCGACGGGGGCGGAGCGGACCAGGGCGCCGUGCUGACCGUUCGGGCGCUCGCGGCGCGCCAGCUGAGCAGCCGGGCCGGGGAGACAGCGGACCUCCACGCCGAGUACUUCGUCUCGGUGGGCGUCGGGGCGGGCCCGCGCACGACCACCCCGCUGCGGCGGGGCCUGGACGCGGCGUGGCCUGGCUUCGCGGUGGGCCUGCGGGUGCAGGCGCAGGAGGGCACGCUGGAGCUUCGGGUGCUGGAGUCUCGGGGCGAGGAUCGGCCCCCGAGGAGCGUGGGGAGCGUCUGGGUCCCGUUCCGCUCCCUCCCGCCGGGGAGGUGGGAGAGAAGGGCGGAGGCGCUGCCGUCCGGAGGCGGGCUGCUGGACCUGCUGGAGUUCGAGGUGAUGUGGCAGCCGGGGGAGGGCGGCGGCAGUGCACCGAUCCUGGGCGUGGGCGGUGAGCGCGCUGCGCCCGCCGUCGCGCCCGCAGAGUGCCCCGCGCCGGGGGGCGGCGAGCGCGGGGCACAGGGCCACGUGCGGGCGCAGCGCGGCAGCCUGCUGUGGGAGUCGGAUCUGGUCGACGAGAGGGAGCACCUGAGCAGGGCGCGGCAGACUGAGCGCUUCCUCGACAUGUUCGGCCUGAGCGAGUCGCAGGGGCACACGUACACAGUCACCGCCGAGAAUCUCAAGCCGGUGCUGGCCAAGAGGGGCCUGCGGAACACCAAGGACCGCUUCCUGGAGAAGGCCCUGCAGGAGCUGAUUCGCGUCUCCCCGCACAGGCGAUCCAUCGGCACGAAAACCGAGGGUUGUGCCAGCGGGCGAUUCUCAGGCAUACUGUCGACUCGACUCUCAUCGCGUCUGCAGAAUCCCCAAUUUGGCAUCAGCUUCGAAGCUUUUGUGAGUGCCAUCCUGAUGCCAGACCUUCCGAAACAGGUGGACCCAACAAUCUCUCGCGGCAUCGAUAAGAUGCAAGAGGCUUUGCUGAAGCAGGACGUGGAGGAGGUAAUCGCCAAGCUCUCUCGAAAGCGAGCCGCAAUGACUGUGGACCUUGACACGCACAAUCCUGCACGGAAGACCAAGGCAGCUUGGAAGAGUCGGAUUGAAGCAGUCUUAAACGUGACGGUCGCGAUUACUGUAAUCACAAGUAUAGUCUGUCUUGGUGCCAGCACAGAGACCGAUCCUGAUUGGGAAGGGUGGGUGGUAUUAGAGGUCUUCUUCGCGGGCAUCCUCGUCACAGACUCGGUCCUGAGGAUUGUGCUCUGCGGCUGGGGGACCUUCUGGUGCGGCCAGGAACGAUAUUGGAACUGGCUCGAUAUCGCUCUCACGGUCGUGUCGGUUGGGGAUGUUUGUGUCACCCUGGCGGCCCAGGCAGAAGAUGUGGCUUUGAGCAGGCUCUCGCUGGUCGUUCGUUCUUUGCGGGUCAUGCGGCUUGCACGUCUCCUGAAGAUCAUGCGCUCACCGAUGAUCCGCGAGCUCACGAACAUGCUCGUCGGCUUCGCGCUUGGCUCGCCGGCCCUCUUCUGGGUAUCGAUCAUCCUCUGGGUCGUGGUGGCCCUGUUGGCGCUCGCCCUUCGGGUGGUGAUCGGCCCCGCUCCUGGUGAGGACGUCUUGAUCGCAAAAUGCGGCCGUGCCGACGGUGUGAACGCCAUGGUGGGAACGGACCCCGACUGCGAGGCACACAAGCUCUACGCGGAGAUGCUCCUUUUCCUAGGCUCGCUGAACACGUGCAUGUUCACGGUGUUCCGCUGCAUGAUCGGCGAUUGCACCAGCUCGGCUGGCUCAUCUUUGCCAGCGCACCUGAGCCGUGGUUACGGUGCCAAAUUCGAUUUAGUAUACCUCACCGGCAUGAUCGUGAUGAUCUUCGGCCUGUUCAAUGUGAUGUCACACCGCUUCGCGGAGGGCACGGCCACAAUGGUGGGGCUGAAGUACAACGAGACGAAGCAGAAACUGCGGAGCGUGUACGAGCACAAAUACGUGAAGCGGAAGUUGAGGGAACUGGUGCGCAGGAUCCAGUGCGUCUCCAAGCAUGUCCAGCAGGGCAAGAGCAAAGCCAUCCGCGACAACGGACGGGAUGGUAAUUGGGGAGACAUUAGUCCGCGCUCGCCCCUCGCCACCUCCCUACCCUCGGUGUUUAGGAACCACGAUGUGUCCGAAGUUCCAGACGACGACCCAGACUCCGUUGCCAGCAUCCACCUGACAGAGGACGAGUUCUUCGCCGUGAUCGAGGAUAGCGUCAUCCAGCGAAUAUUGCUGCAGCUGGACGUGGAGGUCGAAGGGGCGGGCAGGGAGGCCCUGUUCGAGAUCAUGGACCCGAACUACGCCGGCACCGUGGACGUAGCGUCGAUGAUAGACACGCUCAUGAGGCUGAGGGGGGGGCCCAUGAAGGUCGACAUGAUCGCCCCCUCGGUUGCCAUCCGCGGGCUGCAGCAGGAGCUCCGGCGCCUGGGCUCAGGGCUGGCCAACUUGGCGGUGACCGACCGCGCUGCUGGAGGCGCCGGCGACACCCCCAAGAUCAGCCCCAAGAGCACCAGAAAGACCAGGCUCAGCACUGAUCGCAUCAGGUAG